ACAACAUUCAUCACGAAUCCUUCCCAUCUUCAACUAUUUUCAACUCCACAAAGACAAAAGGAGAAGGAUAAAACAGCCAAACAAAUCAGGAAAACCAUCAUGACCAUCCCACCACGACCCCCAUUCACCUCCCUCCCUCUAGACCCAAACGGACCCCCAGGAAACGCUUGGGGUCUCUACGGCGCCUCCGACGAGCUCGGCGCUCUAAACAUGCUCACCCCAUCCGUCGUCAAAAACGCCGCCCGCCAGAUCCAAACCGGCGAGCGCAUCUCCCUAGAUUGGACCCUCAAUCUGCCUUCCUACCCUUCCUUCUCCCGGCCGCCGUUCCAAUGGCGUCUUCAUCAUAAAACGCAUCCAGACGGUACCUUCCGCAUGGUCAAUGAUGACUACUUGCACUUCAAUACCCAGGGGAGUAGCCAAUGGGAUGGUUUCCGGCAUUAUGGGUAUCAGAAGGCGAAGUUGUAUUUUGGGGGUAGGACGCAGGAGGAGAUUGAGGGGAGUGAGGUCAUUGGGAUUGACAGGGUGGUGGAGGCUGGUGGGAUCACGACGAGGGGUGUUGUGUUGGAUUAUCCGAGGUGGAGGGAGAAGAUGGGGCUGGGUGAGGUGGAUGCGAUGAGUGCGGAGAGCAUUGGUGUUAAAGAGUUGAGGGGCAUGCUGGAGGAUACUGGGGUUGAGACGAGGGAGGGUGAUUUGCUGUUGUUGAGGACAGGGUUUACAAAGGCGUAUGAGGGAUUGGGGGAUGAGGCGAGGAAGGAAUUCGCGAACAAAACCCCAACAUUUCUGGGUGUCGAGUCCAGCAAAGAAGUUCUGCAGUGGAUAUGGGAAAGUGGUUUUGCUGCUGUUGCUGGUGAUGCACCAAGUUUUGAGAUGUCUCCAUUAGUAGGUGAUCACACAAAGCCUGGGGAGCUCUGGAAGGGUGAGGCGUGGGAACAAGAGAUGCAAGGCGGAGGUUUGCUCCAUCAGUGGUGUCUUGCUGGAUGGGGCCUUAUGAUUGGCGAGAUGUUUGAUCUGGAGCGAUUGUGUCAGAAAGCCCACAAAUUGGGAAGAUACACAUGCUUUGUGAGCAGCGUGCCUCUAAAAGUUCCGGGUGGAGUAGCGAGCCCGCCGAACGCUGUUGCAAUCUUCUAGUUCCGAUUCCUCAUGACAGCAUUCCUGGUAUCCAUGCCUACCAAUCCAUUCCUUGAUUUGGCACCACAACAUCUACAAUAUAUCAAUCAGCUUUUCCAUCUAUCUGCAUUAGAAUCUUAUGCGCCUCCUUGUCUCGACCUUCACUCAAUCACUCCUUCCCAAACAAGUCUUGAUCGCAAAACACCAUCAUAAUGAAGCCAACCACCCUCCUCCUCACCCUCACCACAACAUUCCUUUCCUGCUCCUUAGGCGCAAAAUUGACCACCACCACUACUGCUGUCUCUACUUUGUCCCCCACUUCCAGCAUCACUAAAUCGAAAACAACUACUGUCACCACCCUCCUAACAACCACGUCACCUACUACAUCAUCAUUAACGAAGAUCGCGAUCCCAACACCGUACAUUUCAUACCUCAACACGACCUCCGGCUCCGAAAUCUACGCCCUGUUCAACAUCACCUCUGACUCUCUCAACGGCACCUACUACGACUCCUCUUCCACUAAACC